AGUUGGAAUUUCUCUUCUUCCAAGAAGUCCUUCCUCUGUCUCUUAGACAAGAAGUAACUAGUGUUAGAUUUUGUCUUUGGGAGUCUAGACAUAAACAAAGGCAACCGAUCAAAGAAAGGAAGGCAUAGAUCCAAAAGCCAAACUCUUUAAUAAAGCCAACCCCUUUUUUGCUCUACAUUUUCUCCUUAUAUUUGCAGUUAUUUUUUCUCCCCAUCUUUGCAGUUAUUAUUAUUUAUUUUUUAAAAGAAGAAGAAGAAGAAGAAGAAGAAGAAAGAAAAAUGGCAGUUCCAGUGAUUAAAUUCCCAACCUUGAUGAGGUUGAUUAGGUUAAUGGGGGUGUUAGUAACUGCUUUAGUGUUGACAUGGACUGUUCAUUACAGAGGAGGACUAGCUCUUGUCUCUGCUAACAAAGAUCUCAUCUUCAAUGCACACCCUGUUUUAAUGGUGAUUGGGCUUGUACUCGUGAAUGGUGAAGCCAUGCUAGCCUACAAAACGGUGCCAGGAACAAAAAGCUUCAAAAAAUUAGUUCAUCUGACACUACAAUUCCUCGCAUUUUGUUUAAGCUUGAUUGGCUUUUGGGCUGCUUUGAAAUUCCACAAUGACAAAGGCAUUGACAAUUUUUACAGCCUGCAUUCUUGGCUGGGACUAGCUUGCCUUUUCCUCUUCAGCAUCCAGUGGGCUUCUGGGUUUGUAACCUUUUGGUAUCCAGGAGGUUCAAGAAACAGCAGGGCCACCUUGCUUCCAUGGCAUGUGUUCUCUGGGGUUUAUAUUUAUGCCCUAUCUGUUGCCACUGCUACUACUGGUAUCUUAGAAAAAGUCACUUUCCUCCAAACCAACAACGUGAUAUCACGCUACUCCACUGAAGCUUUGCUGGUGAACUCAUUGGGUAUCUUGAUGAUUGUUCUGGGUGGUUUCGUUGUUCUUGCAUCAGUUUCUUCUCUGAAUAGCAAAGGCGACAUCCCUAGAAAUGCAACAGAGUAGGCACAACAUGUACAUUUCUACAUCUGAUGAUUGAUUAAGUGGUGUAUUCUUAUUGCAUAUGAGUCACAGGUUUAUGAUUUAUUGUUAAAAGAUCAAUGUACCACAAAAAAAAUUCGCUUGGAGUUCUAUUUGUUUGUAUGUUGAACAUUGAGAAAGAAAUUCUGAACUUGGUAUUUUAGCAAA